GGACUGUAAACUAGUCAAUAAGAAUUUCAGAGUAUGUAUACUGGGGUCGUGCCCACUUGGAUCUCCCUCUUCUCCCUUCCUCCCCGCUUUCGACCUGCCCACUUCCCAUCUCGACAUUCCUUUAACGGGCUGUGCGCACUCGGUCUCGUCGCGCUGGCGCGUUAGAUACCCUGCGUCACCGAGGAAUAUGCCGGUCUGGCUCGACCUUUGACCCAUCAUGGCGACAACGAAAGGAUAUUGUCCUGGCCCGUUUCUCCAGGAGAGCCUUUUUCCUACUACAGGUGGAUUUAUCGACGGGCGAUUCUGCCAACAAAUUCCCAGCAUAGGCCCUAACGGGACCGCCGUAACAUGCUGCUUACCUUGCCCACUGGCCGACUGGCGAUAUGCUGAUAAUACUGCAAAGCGAGUCGAUAUUGCUAGUUGGAUCAGUGUUGCCAUUCUCCCUCUUUGCGUCUUCCUCCUCGUCUCCUACGCCGUCCUCCCGGUCAAAUGGACCAACCGUCACUACUUGAGUAUCUGCUUUACACUGGGUAUCUGCUGCAUGGAGAUCGCAUUCAUUAUCCCCCUUGGAGCCAAACCCAAGCAAUGCUAUAAUGCCAUCACACCUAAUGAUAUGUACAGCGACCUCUCCUGCGCCUUUUCCGGCGCUUUACUCCUCUUCGGCGGAUGGCUCGUCGUCAUGUGGAGUUUCAUUCGCACCCUCGCCUUCCACCUGCAAGUGUGUUGGGAGUUUGUGCUGGGCCCCAAGUUCAUGUGGGGAGCGUUCCUAGCCGGCUUCGGUAUUCCCGCCAUCUGUAUGACUGUCAUGUUGAUUAUCACGGGAGUCUCUUUCCGCUUCGGCCAGAUGUGCCAUAUCAACAUCAAACACGGUUCCCAAGAUUACUGGUAUCCGCUCAUCGCUUUCUCGGUUGCUUCUCUAGUUCUUCAGCUGGCGACAAUGGUAUAUUGCAUGCAUAUCUACCUGCGCUCAUUAUUCGACAAAUCCGCGUCGACUACCGAAAACUCCUCGGGCCUGCCUAGCUACACCAGCAGUUUGCGCACCGUCACCGCACGUCAGGCCUACCGCCGCGUCCGUCGCGUCCUCCAACUCCAAUGGCGCGGCAUCGCCCUCGUCCUCAUCAUUAUUGGCAAUGUGAUCUUCUUCGCCGUUUCCUUCAUCAAUCUCGACAGAGAAACCAGCCCUACCAAGGCCAACAUGGCCAAAGCCACUGAAUGGCUCACCUGCCUGGCCAUGGGUGCUGGCAAGGAUUAUUGCCAAAAAUAUGCCUCCGCACUGGGCCCCAACGAAGCCACCCUCCUAGCAGUAGUCUACCUACUCUCACUCGUGGGAUUCUGGAACUUCAUCCUUUUCGCUCGCCGGUCAAUGUUUGUGGGCUGGUUCGAAGUCUGCAGACAUGGAUUCUCCUCACCUCGCGAGUUCGUCUCCGCCGAUGCCCACCGCAAUAUCGACAACAAGGGCUUCGAGAUGCUCACCACCACCGGAGGCAAAACCCCAGAGCCAUACAACUACAACAUGCGCUCUCCCAGCCCAAGCCGGAUGAUGCGCUCAGCGAGUCCGCGGCAGAUGAUGCGUUCGCCUAGUCCAACAUACACUUUUAACGGUCAUCGCAGCCCGGGACCUGCUAGCCCGACUUCUGAACGAAAUGUGCAAUUCGGACAGGAGGCGCGGUAUACGCGUCCGUCGAUGAGCUUCAGUGGGCCACGGCCGCCUACUUCGCCGGGGCGUGACUGGGAUCCAUCUACGACUUUUGCACGGGGUCAUGCAUGAUAGCCGUUGCGGUGGGACCGCGAGGCUGGGCUGGCCCUGCUAGUCAGUCAGUCACCUGCUUCCCUAGUCCGACUCCCUGCACCUACUACAUAGGUAGGGUGAGGCGACCGAAGCGAGUGGCAUAUUAGAGUUUCCAUCUUACCAUAAAGGGUUAGGGGGAUUUGGACUGGGGCACAAUGGAAGGCAGGAGUUUGCGACGACUUUUGCUGUGACUGCCUCUGCUAUUGGCACUGCAACUGUUGCCAAGUAUUCCGUAUGGAAUACCUGCUUUUCGCGUCGAGGGUUGAUCUCGGUGUUUCGGAAAAUCGGUCCAUGGCGUCUAGGAUCUGGAGACGGGUGUUUCUUUUCUGUCUCGUGUGGGCUAGGGUCUUGUUCAUUUUGCCUCAUUGUCGCCGCCUACUUUUCCCAUUGGAUACGGGACGGUGUUCUACACUCUCACUCUCUCGCUUGAUGGUCUUCGUAUCCAUCUAUCUACCUUCUCUCCCUCCCUCCCCCAACAGGCUGCGUGGUUUGACCAGGCCCACGAGGUUUCGGUUAUAAUGUCUGCUUCUUUUUUUUUUCCCGAGUUCUUCACAUGUUACCACUAUUGUAUUACCAUGCACUAUAUCUACGCAGUACAAAACCUAAUACGGGAAGAUUUAAAACAAUGUCAUAUCUUGAGACUAUC